AGCUGUCGGUGCGGUUACACAACCCAACCACAGUCACAGUCGUGAGUGAGAAACUCGUGUGGGAGACUGGGAGACCCGUGUCGCCGAGAUUCCUCUUGCUGAACAGUUGUUAGUAGUGUGUGGUGCCGCAAGUCGCCAGGUCGCGCGCGCCCUUUAUGAGAACUUAAGCGGACGGACGACUCUUCCGACCGAAUUGUUGCUAGUGCCAUCGAACCUCCUUCGAACCUUCUUCGCCGCCGCCGCCGCCUAAACUCCCUCUGGGUGUACCGUGAAGGAAGGUGUGCGCGAGAGUGUGUGUGUUUGUGUGAGUGUGGGUGGGGUGAAGUGUCGCGGGGACGAAUCGACAUUGUUCUUACAGCGUGACAUCUGGACGCCUAGUGCGGGAUGUUGACGGGAUUAUAAAUAACCAAUUUUUGUGUGGCAUUUGCUGGGAAAAGUGGCUUUUUGCGACGAAGCUUGAUGCUGUCAUUGCCUGCUGUGUCGUUUUGCUUCGCCGGGAAGUUCGCCCCGGAAGUGGUUUAGUGUGUGGUGCUUUGCUUGCCUUGCUACUACUCGUUGUUUACUCGUUGUUAUCCUUGAGUGAAUUGCUAACCCAAAAGAGGUGAAUUUUAGCAGAACCCUACCAGCACGGAUCGCGUGUUUCACCGCGGGUAGACAUACCAACAAGUUGAAGUGAUUUUUACAACCCCAAAGGGGUGGAACGAGGAAAAAAGCGUGAGACUAUCCGUCAAUCAACCCACAACCCACAACGGCAAGUCAGAAACCGUUGGAGCCGCUGGGUGAGAAAUUUAUUCAAAAUAGGACAUUCCAGUAAAAGUGUUUAUCACGCUCGUAUCGCUAACCACUCCCCGCUCCGUCUCUCUCUCAUUUGUCGAACACACGGGCGGAUAAAGGAAAAGAAACGAAAGGACGAACCGAGUGAAUCCUUCUUUUUCCUCACUUCAGAGUGCCGUAAUCGAUGCCAUCCAUUCAUCUCAGAAGUCGUUUGGAAUUCGAUUCGAAAGUUAGCAGCAGCAGCAGCACAAAGGUACCCGUUCCGUAGAAUACGUAAUCAAGAAUUGUUGAAGAAUUUGUUGUGUAUCGAUGCUUGGUGGGCGAUCGCUUCGAAAGCGGGGAACCGAACCGAACCCCGAGAGCCGAGAGCGAGACCAGAAAUAGUCACGCGGUGAAAAGCCAGAGGCUGUUAUGUAACUCGAGUCUCGCCAGCAGCAGACAGAGGUGUGCAAAGUGUGUGCUCUCGGUUUUGGAGUGAAUAUACAUAAGAAGUGAAAUCCUUUAUUAUUAUUUUUUUUGUCGUUUGUUUGCUCGCCUCUGGGUGAACGAUAAAAUUGAGCAGAGUUAGUGCUAUUAGUGUGCCAGUGGGACAGAUUUGCGCCUGAGCUUGGCCAAAGGUCGGAGCCACCGCAGAGUGAGAACAGUUAGCGCCGGGUACAAGAAAUGAAAUCGGUUCGGUGAAAUAGCAACGGUCACUAGAUGAAAUAGUGUAGAGAGCAACAACGAAUACACACUCAAACGACAGUACGAAAAUCGUUGCAAAAAAGGAACGGUGCCUCGCUUAAGAGAGAGAGAGGGCAAACAUACGCAAUCGUAACUCGCAACCGAAAGCGCUCCAGUCUCGGAACUAAUAGUCGCACCACCGCCGCCACCCGGUCCCCCGAUACAACCAUGGGCAAAAAGAACUCCAAGCUAAAGCAGGACACCAUCGACCGGCUCACGACGGCGACAUACUUCACAGAAAAGGAAAUUCGACAAUGGCACAAAGGAUUCCUAAAAGACUGUCCCAACGGGCUGCUGACGGAGCAGGGUUUCAUCAAAAUCUACAAGCAGUUCUUCCCACAAGGUGAUCCGAGCAAAUUUGCCUCGCUGGUGUUUCGGGUAUUCGACGAGAAUAACGAUGGCUCAAUAGAGUUCGAGGAAUUCAUCAGAGCGCUGUCGAUCACAUCGAGAGGAAACCUGGACGAGAAGCUACAUUGGGCGUUCCGAUUAUACGACGUGGAUAACGACGGUUUCAUAACGAGAGACGAAAUGUACAACAUUGUGGACGCUAUCUAUCAGAUGGUGGGUCAGCAGCCACAGGCGGAGGACGAGAACACCCCGCAGAAGCGCGUGGACAAGAUCUUCGACCAGAUGGACAAGAACCACGACGACCGGCUGACGCUGGAGGAGUUCCGCGAGGGCAGCAAGGCCGACCCCCGCAUCGUCCAGGCGCUCAGUUUGGGGGGCGAUUAACCGGAAGACGAACCGCGGGAUCCCCCGCAGCGCUCGUACCAAUACGACGAGCAGCACAACAUCGAGCUCAGACGAACGACGCCAGGCAACGCCUACUAGACGGACGGAGACAGAGAAGAUGGGCAUCGUGUGACAUCGUGUGAACAGAAGUGCAACUAACGGACGAAUGGCCUGCUGCGAACACUUUCUCCUUCGGUGGCUUUCGUUUAUCACAUAACAGACCCCCCCAUACAUAACCACAAACAAGCAAACAAACGAACACAUCCAAACAACACGUGCUUUGUUGUCAAUUUUGAGAAUAGCAAUAAAGUGUUAACGUUUGAAAAAAAAUGUACAAAACAGGCUGAAACAAUCAGAGAUUGCUUGUACUCUUUUGUUUUGUCUGCUUUUGUUUUUAUUUUCGGGUACUUUUCGGAUCGUUCCAGGAUGAGAGUGACUUCGUUAGACGAGAGCGGCGGCUUAAAAGACACACAAAAAACUUAAAAACAAUCGAAUAGCAUUUAGCAACAAUCCUUCGACUUCAGGAGGGGUAAAUUUUCCUCCAAUAACAUUAAUAAUUCGAGUACUUUUUUGAAAGCGAUAAUUGUUAGGAAAUCUCAAAUUUCAAACUUUCAAAGCGUCCAGCGCAAUCAACAAACAACAAUAAAAAAACACUCUUGUGUAUUGAGUUUGCUUGGCGGAAGAGACGGACGACAUUCGGCACGCGGAAAGAAGAAGGGAAAACCCCACACCAUCGAUCAUACUUUAAAAGUGCAAACUGUCAAAUUAAGUUGAUAGCACAAAGGCACACCCACACACACACAAAUCAGAAACUUCAAACAACCGCACACACACAGACAUACCCACCCACUACUUCGGGAGCCCCUCCCCGGAAAGGCUAGUAUUUACAGAGAAACAAACGAAAAAUAAUAGCAGAAACACUAUUUACAAAGCAAUGGGGCGCGGGUGAAUUGGGCGAUUCUUUGUCUCAUCCAAAAAGUAAACAAAAAACAGCUAGGAGAAAAAACAUGUUUAGAUGCAAGCAAACAAACAAAAAAAUAACAGUCGUGUACUAACAGUUAUUAAUAAGUGUGUAAAUUUAAGGAGUAAAACAAUGCCAAAACAAGCACUAAUAAAAAAAUCAGAAAGGAACCGCGUAGUUUAUAUGAGUAAGAAAAAAAUAAUAAGAGACAAAGACGAAGGAUAGACAGAGAGAAUAAAAAACAAGCAAAGGCAGCAUAACUUGUAAAAAAAACAACUUAGCAUUAUUUGUUACUAAAUUUUAAAAAGACUCACCGGCAGUGACAGUGAGCAGAAAAAAAUAUUGAUAUUAACGCUAAUUCUAUUGUUGUUAUUAUUGAACAUUGAAAAACAAAACUCUUACCUAAGCUAGUGAAGGUAGUGUAAAACUGAAAAUCAAAACAAGAAGCAAAAAAGUGCUAUCAAAAAGCACCCGGUUGACGGUAUGCAAAAAACACAACACUCAUUCGGGUGAGGGGAAACCCUCCCCCCAUCGAGCAAAAAGUUGUUACAGCAAUGAAAGCAAUAACGAAACGAAACGAGAAAAUCAUUGAGGAUAGUGACUUUUUAUUUGUUGUUGUGUCCAACACCAAACGUCAAUCAGAGAGAACAAAGGGAGCGAAAAAAACAUAUAAAGAUGACAUUAGGUGUUUAGAGAAAAACAAACGAAUGUAAACAGCAGCAAUCCAACCCAUCAAAUUUAAACAAAACCGAACCACAACACACAGUUGUACAAUAUGUAAUUUGGAAAAUUUGGAAACAAACAAAACGUUUGUUGCUUUUGACAAACAGCAGCAAAUGGAGGGGUUUAAUUUUUUACACCCAUAACAAAACAUGAAAUCGACUAUGGACGAAAAAAAAACAAAGGUAACCGUCUCCGUCUGACAGCAACAGCAACAACAACAAAAAAUUGACAGCGCGCUGAGAACACCGAAAAAAAAGAAACCAAAGCCAACUCGAUGCAAGUCCACUUGACGAUGAUGAUGGUGGUGGAUGUUGUCAGCGUCAUCUUAAUGCUGUUUUGCGCAAUCAACGAGACGACAGCGACGCGAAAAAUUAAUUAUCGAAAAUAAAAACUUCCGCAAUCGAUAGGGGAAGGUGGUCCUAAUCCGAUCACCCCUUGGAUCUCGUGAAUGGCGCUACCUACCGAAUUUUAAGUAGUGUCACAUGAAUGCUAUCACUACGCUACGCCUUUUUCCCGCUCCCCUGAUUCUAUCGUUUUGGCACCGUUUUGCGUUUUCAAUGCUUAAAAACGGAAAAGAUAGAUUUUUAACCUGUACAGAGGAUGAGUCGAAUGUUCUUGUAGAUGUCAAACCAUUACACAACUACACGCGCUACCUGUAGUAUCCGGCAUGCCGUUAAUUAAAAAAAGUCAGGGUGAUCCUAAGCCGACCCUUUGUGUAUGCGCGUUUGUGCGUUUAGCGUUGAGCGUUUAGCGUUGAGCGGAGAGCAUUUAGCGUUAAGUGUUGAGCGUUGAGCGAUGAGCGGGCGCUCAAAAUCAAGCGUUGAGCGCAGAGAGGCCAACCUUCCAGAUUUUUCAGAAUUUCCCAGAUUUUUUGACACGUGUUCCCUGAUAUCCUCUCAAACACUACAUUUUGCCUGAUUUUUCCUAAUUUUCGAACUUUUUACUUUAUCAGAAUAAACAUUAUCGGUAAGAAAUAUACUGCGAUCCCUGCUAUUGUUUUCCUGAUAGGAAAUGAGAGCUGUCAUGUCAUAACAGCCUUCAGGUCUGCAUUCUUUCUUUUAUUUAUCAUCUAUCUUUUCUGAAGUGAUUUGCGUAAUUAAAAGUACUGUGUCGACAUUUAUUGAAGCCCGGAGAAGGUGUGAAAGAUACUCUUUCAGAUUAGCACUCCCGAAGGCUGUUUAAAAUCGUUAUAUUUUGAAUAAAAAUAAUUACCUCUUGCUCCUUGAAUUCUUUAAGUACGUAAUCUUGACUCAUAGCCUCAGCUAUUUGUCAGGAUUUCUUCCUGAUUUUUAUUUUCAUUCUUCCUGAUUUUUGACAAUUGUAGCUGGCAACCCUGGUUGAGCGUUUAGUAUUAAGUGUUUAUCGUUAAGCGUUGAUGCGUUGAACGAUGAACGUUCACUGUGAGCGGUAAGCGUUUAACAUUGAGCGUUGAGCGUUAAGCGUUAAGGUGGAAACAGAAUGCCGCGUUGUGCGUUGCUUCUCAUCAGCUGUCAUUGCUUGCGUUUUGUACUAAAACAUUCGCCCGACGCAGUCUAUUGAUUUGCAGUCACAAUCUAGCAUUCGCGUCACCACUUGUCAUGUAAACAAAAACAAAAUAAAAGUCGUAUGAAAAUCUUGUUGUGUCCACGGAUCACUUGAAUGUUUUUAAAAACAACACAUUGACAUAUCCGACAUAUUGAGCUUCGUUUACUAGUUUAGUGGAGCGUGAAAGAAUAGCUGAUUUGCAGUCGGAAUGAACAUGUUUUCAAAAUCAAAUUAUGAAUGAAAUUAGCUUUUCGAUAUCAAACUGGUAUUCUAUUUAAAUGAAAAACAUUUUUGUUUGCAGGUGCUGAAAAAGUCUCAUACGAAAAUUCUUUAUGAAGACAACUCCAUAUUAUGAUGAAAAAAAUCAGCAACAAUGUUGGAAUUGUUUAGCCAUAUGGUUGAAUGAAAGUCAGAAACACGUGUUUCAUGUAAUCAAAUAACAUGAUGUGAAAAUUUUCAUUCAAAUUUUAGAAUUUAAAAACCGGCUUUGUGUCUUCUAAUCUGAUAGAGAUUACACUAACGAGUUCGGGACCCAAAUUAUGGCCCUAAUUUGCGACAAUUGUGCUAUGACACUUCAUUUUAAAUAUGUGUGUUUCCAUUUAGUCGAACACAAUAAUGCGUUGCGUCAUUAGCAUCGUUGUACUAAACGCUAAUAUUUGUUCUAAAGUGCUUGCGCCGAAUUCGCGAUGACAGUGGCAUGGUGUCGACGUCUGGUGGUAACUUCAAAUUAGGGCCAUAAUUUGGGUCCCAAACUCAUUAGCAUAAUCUCUAUCAGAUUAGAAGACACGAAGCCGAAUAUUUAAUUUCUAAAAUUUGAAUUCAUAUCAUGUUAUUUGAUUACUUGAAACACGUGUUUCUGACUUUCAUUCAACCGUAUGGCUAAACAAUUUCAACAUUGUUGUUGAUUUUUUUCAUCAUGACAUAGAGUUGUCUCCAUAAACAAUUUUCGUAUGAGAUUUUGACAAACAAAAAUGAGAUCUGCAAACAAAAAUGUUUUUCAUUUAAAUAGAAUACCAGUUUGAUAUGGGAAAGCUAAUUUUCAUUCCUAAUUUUAAUUUUUAAAGCGUGUUCAUUCCGACUGAAAAUCAGCUAUUCUUUCACGCUCCCCUAAACUAGUAAACGAGGCUCAAUGCCGCCAGCGCGGAUAUGUCAAUGUGUUGUUUUUAAAAACAUUCAACUGAUUCGUGGACACAACAAGAACAAUAUUUUCAUACGAAUUUUAUUUUAUUUUUGUUUACAUGAAAAAUGGUGACGCGAAUGCUAGAUUGUGACUGCAAAUCAAUAGACUGCGUCGGGCGAAUGUUUUAGUACAAAACGCAAGCAAUGACAGCUGUUGAGAAGCAAUGCACAACGCGGCAUUCUGUUUCCACCUUUAAGCGUUAGACGGUGAGCGGUGAGCGUUUAGCAUUGAGCGUUUAACGAUGAGCGUUCAGCAUUGCGUUGAGUGGUGAGCGUUAAGCAUUGAACGUUGAACGUUGAGCGUUAAGCGUUGAGUGUAUUGUUUUCGUUUUACGCCAAGCGCCGAACAGGGUGUUUAUGUUUAUUUCUUGAAGGUCGUAUAAUGCGAAAUGUUGGGACAGCUGGUGCAUCGUAACUAGCGUUCAGUCAGGUGUUAUAUAAUUUGUUAGUUUAGAAGUCGUCGGCGGAAUUUCCAUAAUGCUUACUACGCGGAAAUGCCAUGAAGGUUGUUAUUAAAACACGGGCGGAAGCAUUUAGCUUACCUGUGUUAUGAUGAGAGUUGCUUACGAAAAAAGCGGAAAAGUGUUAGGUACGGAUGUUAAUGUGGUAUGCGGAAAAGGGAUUAUUUGGGAUAUAAGUUAGAAUGCGAAAUUGAGAUUGGAGCCGCGGUGGGCUUGGCGAGGAAUGGAAUUUAGGUUAGCCUGUAUGCCACAGGUGAUCGUUUAGUAUUGAGCGUUGAGCGGGAGGAAGCGAUCUGGUGUAGUGGAUAACGUCUAUACCUCUCACGCUAAAGGUAUCGAGUUCAAUUCACACUCCCAACAUUCUUCUAACGGAAAUGGGGUGUAUGUCAUUUCCGGUCAAUUUGUAGUAGAUACGCUGCAAAAAAAAAUCGAAGGUCGGUUUAGAACUAUGGGGAGGGUCGGUUUAGGAUAGGAUUGGGUGAUCUUGGAUCGAAUUUUAGAAGAUCGAUUUUUUCUCACCACGAUUUUCGAUUUUUUGGAUCGAUUCUUUGUACCCGAAAAAAUCGUGAAGAUCGAUCUUUUUCUUUCGAUUUUUUCGAUCUUAGUUUUUUUUUCUUCAGUGUACAUUGAUUUUAAUCUCACCACCUGACAAAUUUUAUAAACAUAAUGUUAACAUUUGCAUCGCUUUCGAGGAUGUCAAAUUUGUGAAUGGAGCAGAUAUGUAUGUUUAGUCUAGGAUUGGGCGAUCUUGGAUCGAUAUUUAGAAGAUCGAUUUUUUUUUUCAAUUUUUCGAUCUAAGACAAACUUUUUGUAAAUUUUUGUUUUUCAGUAUAUAAUUUAAUAUUACCAAACACCGUUUCUUUAUUUCGCUUGCUAACAAAGUCACUUUGCUCAUUCUUCGAUUGAACUCCGUACAAAUUCUAAUAGGAUCAGAGCUAGCGACAGCUACGAGAGGUGCAAUCUACUGCAACCAGUGACUCAAACGAUCACUGCACUGGUAGGAGAAGCACUUUUUCUCUCAGGAAAGAUAAUCACAGUGUUAAAAAAUCCAAGGAAAGCAAGGUGGAGGUUAUCAUAAAAUUGAUACCACUUGUUGAGUUUUAAAUAAUACUUUUUCAAUUAUUUAUUUAAUUAAAUGAUUCCAUGAUGGUACAAAAUGAAUGCCCUGAAAAACAUUAUGUUUCUGAGGUGUAUUUUUUGUGGCCUUUAUGUUGAGAAGCAAAACAAACAAAAAAAACUUUUGAUUUUUAAAAAGAAUUAUGAAAUUUUUAUUCUAUGUUUCGAAAAAAGACCAUACUCAUAUAGAAUUAGUAGAUCCAUUAGAAAAAAAAUCGUCAGGUUUUUUAAAGAUGAGUGAAUCGAUCUUUUUAUAAAGAUCGCUCUUUCCUAGUUUGGGACCACCAUUUUUGAAGGUGUCGAAAAAGGGCCUUCCCAUUUGGCCUCGGUUUUCCCCUUUUUUAGCACUCAUGAACCACACCGACCUGUAAAAAACAUAGCUUAAGAGGUAUAGUAUUCAUUCCAAUUCCGAAGUCGCAAAAGAACGAGAAUUUUAUGUGAUGAAUGCCCAUUACAAUUUAGGGAGUCGUGUCAGGGCCACCUUCUCCUACUCGAUGCUGCUGCUGCAGCAGCAGUAGAAGCAUCUCAAGAGCAUCCGACUGGCAGCAAAAUUGAUUGAAAAAUAUUUAUUGUUCGCGUUAAAGUGCUCGGAUUCGUUGUCGUCUGUCGAUUAAGCUUCCCGGCUUCUCCGCCGCUCGGAGAAGACGCCUGGGUUUGGAAUCGAUAGAUGAAGGAAAUUCCACACGCGAAAAGCGAACAGAGCGACGGUGGGACAGGGGUGGACAUAAAAUUCGUGAUUUAAUAGAAAAUUUUCUUGGGGGAAUAGGGGAAGGAAAACGGGGGACGCCAGUCUGAUUUGAACAUUUGCUCUCUUCCGGAUACCACUUGUCACACGAACACGCGGUCGAACAACAACAAGUCAUUCGGAUGCGCUCAAAGGCGAGCCGUCACAAGUGGCGCCAUCUUCAAGUAAACACACAGAGUUUCGCCCUUAUUAUCGGGUUUCGCAUGGGCGAUGCGAAUCAUGUUUAAUGCAAUUGUUGUGUACUUGAGUGGGGGUGGAUAAUAAGUACAGGGGAACGAAAAACGAUCGUAUAAUUUGUGACCCUUUGAAAAAUAUAAUUAUGGCCACCGACGGAAAACCGUGCGACCGGCGGAGUAAGCGCGCCGUCGUCUCGCUCGUAGAAUUAGCAUUUCUAAUUAAUGGGGUAGGUUGAAGAGGGUGGAAAAAAGAAAUAAAAAAAAACUAGGAACGUGCGAACGAAAACGACCAGGGUAAACGUCGUACGUCGUUAAACAGCAGCGAGAAUGGGUUUUUAUGGUUAUUUUAUGAGCUAUUAUACACCCGGAUGCUCUCCCGCUCUCCGGACACAAGCUGUAAAUGGAUACUGGCUAUUUUUGUGUCGAGUAGAAUAUCCAUUUCAUGGGUCUUCAUCGAACCCAUUUAAAACAUUGAAUCACCAUCGGAGGCUGGAAGUUCCCGAUUCAGGGAUGGACUCUCGAAAAAAAGGACUUCAAUUAUUGGUGAUUACGAUUUUUGUCCGAUUGCCAAUCAAGUUGAACCGAAAUACAGCGUGAGACUUCACAGUUGCACUUCUUGAUUGACCAGAACCGACGGAAUGGCACAAACCAAACACUCAAUUAGCCGUGGGUAUUUCAAUCUAUCCAAAUUAUACAUUUUUAUUCAGAUAUUCAUCGUCUUUCUGACUGGCCUUGUUAUUUUAUUUCAACAUUGAAUUUGUAUUAGAAUAUCAUCAGCUGCUUCGAAAUAAAUGAAUGGUUUAUCCGCAUACCUUUUGUGAGUUUUUGCAGUGUUGCUAACAGGAUUUCAUCCCAUGAAUUGCUUUAACGAUCAUCGGGUGAGAAGAUGACUCGUGGUUCCCUCAUUCUCGUCGACCUUCGUGGAGCUGCUGGAGUUGAUGCUGUUUUGCCGGUGUCAUGGAUAGCUCUCGGGAUGAUGAACCGAUCUCGUUCAUUAUUAGACGGUUCCUGGACUGGUGGUGAUUGUUUCUGUCUGUCGAGUUCAGCAGGCACGUGGAUUGGUAAUGAUUCGGAUGAUAAUCAUGACCUGUAGGGGUCAGGCUUGUCCCCAAUACAAGGGCCACUUGCCAACUAAUCAGGUACAAGGUUCUGGAGCUGGUCAACAUGCCGUUUACACGAAUAAAUUUUACUUUUCUGUAGUUGAUUCAUUUUUGUAGUGGGAUCUCCAAAACGCGUAUUCCAAAACGUGGUCCCGAAAAUUUGGAGGAUCGUUCAUGUUUUAGUACAUUCAUGACAACUUUUCGCAACCCGCUCAAUGUCUGCAUCUAUUCCGGCCCAAUAUACAAAUGAUCGCGUCAGCCCCUUCGUCUUCAAUAUUCCCAGGUGUCCCAAGUUUUCCCGAUCUUCUUGGCGACGAUGUGAGUAGUCGAUGCCGAUGAUUCAGACGAUUCAACAAGUCUGUAAAGUCCGGAAGUAAUCUUCUCAGCGAUUUCCUUUGCGUACGACGUCCCGCGAAGCGAAUGGAAUUUUCCAUGCUUUUGAGAAGACUGGAGAUGCUCCUGGUUUGAGGUGCAAUGUAACUGGAGGUCCAACAAGCUUACCAGCGGUUUCUACCCAACUGGUAACUGGUCAAUGCAGUGGAUCUUAGGCCGCGUGUAACUAGAAAACUGUCUUUCAGACUUUUGUAGUCGAAAACUACCUUUAAUAUUGCAAAGAGUGCGCAGGUUGAUAAUACUACAAGAGGUUCCAGUGUCCAACUCCAUCUACGGUCAAUCUGGAAAUCCAGCAUCUUGAUACCUAGUGAUCCAGCUGACGAAACAAUAUUGACUUUCUGCAAAGCCUCCGUGUAAUCGGACCCCUCCUCUGAUAGAAGACACAGCUCUUCUUUCACUUGGUCUUCUUGCUUCGGGUCUUCAAACCCUUCUGGAUCAGUGAAACCUCCAGUUUUUCUUCCAGGAUGUUGAUACUCCUGGAACAACCACAAAAAAAACCCAGACUAUGUUUCACCGUGCCUUGGAAAUGGCGCUCCUGAAGCUACUCACCAGAUUUGCGUCAAAUACGAACCCCCCGCUUCCGGUUAAACAGCUCGAAUGUUCAAUCGAGCGACGCAGUAACACCCGUGAUGUUGGCGAGGAACACGGGCAGAAUUAUGCAGAAAAAAGCCUCAGGCCAACCGUCCAUUUUUGUUCCGCGGGCUUUGGCGAAAAGAAAGAUCGCUCGGUGGCUGUCGUGGUAACAGAAAGGUAGUACUCCACUUUCUGUGCACGUUGAGUGUACAGGAAUGAAUGGUUUAAGUCCAGUUGUGGUGCAACUUGUUUGUCUCUACACUCUGGUCAACUUCUAUAAGACAACCCUGAUUCAAUUUCGUUGCAACACAAACAGUUAGAAUUUCAACAAUAUACAUUCAUACAUUGUUGAAUGCUUGAAAUAAAGUAUAUUUCACGUCAAUUUCGUUCAAAACAAAUGUUUGUUUAUUUAUUGUGCCUAAAUAUGAUAAUUUCAGCUGUCCAGUUUCUAUAAGAUCAUUUCAAAACUUAUAGGGAUUAUCAAUGAAAAAUUAAAAACGGUCGGCUGAAUUACAUGUCAAUAAUUGGCAACCUUGCCAAUUCGGCUAAUAAACUGGAAAAUUUGUAUUGAAAUACUGUUUACCAAAUGCUGCUGAUCGAAUUUCUCGAUAUUUUCCAUGUUUCCGAAAUUACGACUUUGAGCUCUUCAGUCGUGGUAUACCGUGUUCCCUCAGUGUAGAUUCUGCGUACAAGGAUCCCCCUAAGAUUUUCAACAGGAUUCAAGUCUGGAGAGCGAGCCGGCCAGUCCAAAAAAUUAGGUUUUUGGUCCUUAAUACAUUGCUUAGUUUCCUUGCUGGUAUGAAUAGAAGCAUUGUUUUGCUGGAAUGUGAAUUUUCUGUGACGAUAUCCACGCAAAAACGGUAGGAGAGAGGAUUUCAGAACAUGUAUGUAGCCCUUGAAUGAUGUGAAAGCUAUUUUGAGCUUCCCGGUUGCGCCGAAUCCCGCCCAAACCAUGCACGAACCUCCACCAAAAUUCCUAGUUGAAAAAUACUGUUCCUUCUUCCGCAAAUCACACCAGUACCCGUUGAAACCAUCAGGACCAUCCAAAUUGAACUUUUUUUUCGUCAGUAAAGAUAACCUAUACAUUGAAGAACUCUUUGUUAUGGUAUAUAGCAAAAUGUAUUCUUUUGGAAACAUUUUUUGUCACAACAUACCAUGUCCCACUGUCGAUUCCAGUGAGCUUUGGCAAACUCAGACGUCUUCCGAGGUGAGAUGGUGCAAGAUGAGGAGUUUUAACCUUUUGAGCUGGUGAGGAUUUUUUACCAAAAUUUGAUGAAUUGUCACCCGAGCAGUUAAGUAGUUGAAAUAUUCUUUUAUUUGCACAUGCGAUUGUGAGGUAUUCGAACCCGCUCAUCCCGGUAAGAGAGCUUCGAUUUACAUGGAGCUCUCUUCUUCUUACCGUAUCCUUGAGGAUUCGCCAAAUAAUUGAGCACUACUUGAUUGGAUGGUUCAAUCCGACGAGAAAUUUCUCUGAUACCAACAUUUUCUUGGUGAAAUGCAUCGAUUUGUCUCUCUUCUCUCUCCGUGAGCACUGUUCCCUUCGACAUUUUCCAGAUUUAAUUGAUCAAAACAACUGAAACAACUGAGAAUGUAACUUGUCUUAUAGAAACUUGACAGUUGAAAAUACGAAAACAUUCGUUUGCGCUCAGCGCUUGCACACACACAUAUAAAAAUCAUGCAGUGUAUGGUUGUCACCAAUACCUACACACUAGAAUAUAAAUUGAAGCUUUGUUUGUUCACAAUGACACAAACCAGCAAGAUCAUCACCUGGUCUUAUAGAAGUUGGAGAGAGUGUAUGUUGGUGCCAGUUCAUAAAUCACGAUCUGGACGCGAAUAUCCGUGAAUUUCAGCCCGUAGGUCAGAAGAAUGUUAACAAUCAUGUUUCCUCAAUGAUGCGUCUAGUCGGUUACAUUGCAAGAACGGUUGUUUACUUGAAAGAUACGCCUUGGUGUACUUUGUUCCAAGUUUUACAGUGUUCCAAGUUCAAUAUCAUUCAACGACUGAAGAGUUCAACCAACAGUUGAAAAUUGACGAUUAUCAGCAUAAAUCUAUCGAACCAUCAUUCCCCAGAGGUUCUUCAUAGGGGUUAGGCCCGGAGAACAUGCCACACAUUUCCAUAACCUCAAUUUUCUAGAUCUUAGCCACGUUAUCGUUUCAGUACUGGUAUGAUUUCGGGCAUUGUGUUGUGUUGGAAAAUAAGCUCUGCUGUUCGUCUUCUGUGAAUCAUUGAAACAAACCGGCUUCAAGAAUUGUAGUCAGAACUAUUCAUUUUGUGUGAAACAAAUUAGAGCUCUUGUUUUCCGGAGUCACAAAAUACUCCAUGACAGAUCCUCCACCGAAAUUUUUCUUAGAAAAAAAAAUCGUGGUUCCUUGCGCAAAUCUCGCCAAUAGUCGUUGUAUCCAUCCGGUCCGUCUAAUUUUAGUAGAAUUCUUAUUAAGUUAUGUUAAGUUAUGUUAACUUUAAAUUUAGAAAGUAACCAAGAAGAAGCACAAUGUUAAAGAGCUUUGUCAUACCUUUUUUCCAAUCUUGAAACCUGUUCCGGCAUGUGAAUUUUAGCCUUGCUUCCUUGUUUGUUACUACCUCAAGUAAACGUAGUUUGUUAAUCACAAACAUCGUUGUAAUCGAUGUUUUUUUAACAAUCCGCGUGGACGGCAUUGCGCUUCGUUUACUAGUUUAGGGGGGCGUAAAAAAAUAAUCGAUUUUCAAACGGAAUGAACACGUUUUUAAAAUUCAAAUUAUGAAUGAAAAUCAACUUUUCCGUACCAACUUAGUAUUCUAUUUAAAUCGAAAAGACCUUUUUGCAGGUAGUGAAAAAAUCUUGAACGAAAAUUGUUUUUGACGACAUUUUUUUUGUGAUAAUGAAAAGUUUCAGUAAAAAUUUUGGAAAUGUAUAGACAAAUGGUUAAAUAAAAGUCAGAAAUAAGUGUUUCAAGUAAUUAAAUAACACGAUGAAAAAAAUUUCAUUCAAAUUUUAACAUUUUAAAACUGUCUUCGUGUCUUCUAAUCUGACAGAGAUUACACUAAUGAGUUUGGGCCCCAAUUAUGGCUCCUAAUUGAAAGUCGCCACCAGACAUCGACACGAUACCACUGUCAUCGCGAAUAUAAUGCUCAUCUCUCUCUCUCUCUCUCUCUCUCUCUCUCUCUCUCUCUCUCUCUCUUUCUCUGACAGUUUCUUUUUUGUCCCAGACUCUUUUUUUUGGUCCAUUUCUCUUGCAAUUUUCCUGAUCCCCCAUUUCGUCUUCCGGAAGGUCAAAAUUUGUCCUUCUUCUUGCUCACCUAGCUUGUUCCGCUUACUGGAAUAUGUGAACCAAGUGCUCGUAUCUUUUUGAAAGGGAAUAUCUACUUACUUUAUCUCAAACUCACCGCGCGUGUCCACAGAAGCUUUCCAUUUGGAUCAUUUGUUUGUAUUUGUGUCACAGUUAAUCGAUCCGCGAUGACAGAUGUACAGUGUCGACGUCUGGAGGCGACUUCCGAUUAGGGGCUUAUAAUUUGGGUCCCAAACUCGUUAGUGUAAUCUCUAUCACAUUAGAAGACACGAAUCCAGUUUUCAAGUGUUUAAAUUUUGUUUGUUUAAUUACUUGAAAUUACUUGAAACACGCAUCUUCAGUUGCCUUUAAAAACAAUUUUCGUAUGACAUUUUUUCACGACCUGCAAAAAAAAAAGUUUUUUAUUUGAAUAGAAUACUAAUUCGAUACGGAAAAGUUAAAAUUAGAUUCUUGGUACUUCGUUAGAACCUAGCUGCACAACAUCCGAACGUUUGUUUUGUCUACUAGAUUCUGCUUCAGCGUCCGAUUUGGAGAACGAUAAGCUCCAUGCGGAAAGGGUUUAUUAAUUUUAUUCUACGAGAUAGUCAUUCUGUUAAUUAUGUAAACAGUACUAUAAAAUUGUUUAACUAAUCUCAGCCCAACAAACGAUGUCAACGGGGAUCGAUCCAGGGCCGGCCGGGAUGCAGGGCUGUUUUACACGACCACGCUAUCCACAUAGCUACUGCUGCUGUUGCGUAAAUGCGUGAUAAUAUUACACCUCAUUAUAAAAUGAAGUUGGAAAGUGUUUUCUAAAAAUAAAAAGGAGACCAUAAACGUGAAUCUAUUUAUUUUUCGGUAUGGGCCGUUUAUGUGGCAAAGUAUGCGAAAAGUUUUAAUGCGCGUGUUUUUUUUUUAAUUUCUGCUAAUGUUUCUAUCCAAUGUGUCCCAUCGAGUCCAGUCAGAUAUAGCAUUCGAAAUCGAUAUUAGACUAUCUUUUUGAUUGAACUUUGCAGUUAAUAGGCAAUAUGAUUUUCCGACGUGAAGCCAAUUAAAACUGAACAAAUUACCCCUACAAUCCAAAUUCAAUUACUGAUAAUUAUACCGGGAUGCCUCUCUCAAUAAAUCCAAGAGCCGUAUUUUGACUCCACGAGCAGCAUGUUGCUCCAAUUUACGUACACCUUUGCCCCAUUUCCGCGAUAACCUUCGCAAUUAGAUGAAAAAUCACGUUCCGCAAAGAUCCACCCACGCGCGCUUGGCGAAACGUUCCACGGCUUCAGUCGGGCGGCUUUUUGUUCUCCCACCUGACGUCGAAACCAACAACAACCACCACCAUCAAUCACUAUCAGUUUGCGUGGAAACCAUUAUCAUUAUACCUGGCAUACCUGGCAGCGCUUGGCUUGGUUUCGGAGGAAUGGCGAAAACGCCCGCCACGCGUAGCUCAAAAAAAAACAGGGGCACAGGGAAAGUUGCUUUCAGCGUUGGAUAAGUAUUUUGAAACGCAACAUCCCCGACUAAUUCCAGCUUAGCAAAGAUAAGCAACAACAUCAACAACAAAUCCAAUCAGAAUUGUUCCAAAAUUUCUAUGUGUGUAUAUGGAAGAAAAUCCAAAAAAAUAAUUAAAAAAAACUCUCAUCAGCUAAAUUUUCAACUAUUAACAAUUACAAAACGAAACGAACGUAACAAGCGGAAGCACAUAUUGAUUAGCUAACGUGAUAUGAUGAAGCGAGAAAACACACAGAAGAAAAAUUUAACGCGAGCAAACAAAAAAGGGGAAAGGCAAAUAAUGUUAAUUGGUUCAAUAAACGAUCUAAGGAAUGAAAAAAAACAAGUAAUAAAAGCAGAUAACUAUCUCAUUCAUGCCGCUGAAUAACAGACACUUUUACUUGACCGCUUUUUACUAUCGUCAUUACUAGCACUAUUAUGAUUACUAAUUAUUAUUAUUGCUAUCGCUACGACUUUCACUCGUGUGAUGAUGAUUAGCGCAAAUAUACAACAACAACACAAAAAAACCAUUGAGCAACUGCUUUUUUGAGGCCUAACAAGAAAGAGGGAAAACGAAACCAAAAAUAUAAGAAAAUUUUAAAAACAUA